CAUUCGAAGCACCGGGCGGACGAGCGUCGGGGCGGCUGAACCAGCUCGACGACUGUGUCGCGUCGUUAGCAUUUUUGUGGGUGUAUAACCUCCUCGUCUUGUUCCGCUCCUCAGAUUCUCCUCCGCAGUCGUGCGAGCGCUGCCAGUGUGCCCAGCGAUGGCCUCCUACACCGCCUACAGCGGCUACACCAAGCCGCCGUUGUCUUACGCCGCCUCGUACUACGACGGGAAGCAGCCCUACACGGCGCCCUACACGGCGCCCUACACGGCGCCCUACACGGGCUACUCGGACUACACGGACUACAAGGACUCAGUGUACGAGGAGAAGAAGAUCAUCGAGAAGAGGAAGCGCAAGUACGCCAUUUGCUGCGAGGUGGUGGCCCUGAUCAUCGGCUUCGUCGGACUCAUCGGCGUAGCGGCGGUGACGGGCCUGCCCAUGUGGAGGGUGACGGCCUUCAUCGAGGAGAACAUCAUCGUGAUGGAGACGCGCUGGGAGGGCUUGUGGAUGAACUGCUACAGGCAAGCCAACAUCAGGAUGCAGUGCAAGGUGUACGACUCGCUGCUCUUCCUGCCGCCCGACCUUCAGGCGGCCCGCGGCCUCAUGUGCGCCUCGGUCGCCAUCACCUGCUUCGCCCUCAUCACCUCGGCCGUGGGCAUGAAGUGCACCAAGGUGGUGGACCACCGCGCCCGCACCAAGCACAUCGUCCUGGUGGCGGGCGGGUCCCUCUUCCUGCUGGCCUGCAUCACCACGCUGAUCCCCGUGUCAUGGACGGGCCACAGGAUCAUCCAGGAGUUCUACAACCCGUUGCUGAUCGACGCCCAGCGGCGGGAGCUCGGCGAGGCGCUCUACAUCGGCUGGGUGACUUCGGCCUUGCUCUUCGCCGCCGGGGUGAUCCUGCUGUGUCGCCACGCCCCGCGCACCCAGGAGCCCGAACAGAGGGUCAUAUACAACCCCGCCUCGUACCCCUACCAACCCGGAUCCGCGUACCAGCCGCCGACCAACUACCAGCCCGCGUACACCUACCAGCCUGCCUACUCCGCACCCCCGCCGGGGUCUGUAGCCUACACGCCAGUCCAGUACUAGUGAAGGAAACGGCAGAGAGACCGUGAUUAUUUUGUUUUUGCUUGCCAAAAUAGGUGGCAUUCUAUUUUAAACUGACCUGGAAAAGGCUGGAAACGAAAAGUAUUUCAGAGUUGAUGAUUUUCUGUGGAACUGAUUUUUUUAAUAACCUGCUCAAUUGAGCAUUAGUGCGUUUGAAUACUAUGAUGACAAUGCUUUUCAGCUAUAUACUGUACAUAGACUGUAGAAUUCUUUGAUUACAUUAUUAUGCACUCAGCCUUUUUUUUCAGAGAAUACCUCCAGAUGAUUUCUUAUUCUCACUGUUGAGGCUUUAUGAAUUGUACAUAGUUGAUUUUUAUUUCAAGGUCCCGCUGUGGUGCUCAAUAAAUGGAGACAUUGGAGGAGGGGGAGAAGAAAAAAAAAAAAAAAAAAAA